UAAUAAUCUGCGUAAGUAGAUCGUUACAUAAUUAUUUACCUUUCUCACUCACCACUUGCUGGCGCUCCUGGCACACUCCGCACGGUCAUGUCGCUGGCUGCAUUGAACCCUUGGUCCCAGAACGCGACCCGGGAAGCCAGGCGACUCGUCCUCUCCGUCCUGCGCUCCCAGAAGGAACCCUUAGGUGCCCAUGACCUCUACAAGCUUGUCGUAGAGCACGAAGCCGAGAAAUCGGGCGUUUCGCCUUCGAAAGAGGACCGACAAACCCUUCCGACUUCUGGCAACCCACCCGAGCCUCCACAUCCGAACCAUACCAUCAGAUCUAUGAAGUACCUGAGGAGUCAAGUUCUCCCCGACCUCAUGCGCACGAAGGAUGUCCGGCGCGUCUACAUGCAGAAAGAGCUCACACCCGCGGAAAUCGAGCAGCGCAAGCGGACAGCAAAGGGUCCACGAAAACAGAGCAUCGUCGCGUCGACCACGCAAGGUGUCUGGCGAUUCGAAUUUCGCAACAGGCCUGUGCUGCAGAAGCCGAAGGAGCAGGAGAUUUUUGGCGCGGACGUGGGUGUAGGUGCGGACUGGUCGCAUCUGAAUAAGAGGAGGCAGAGGUCGAGGGUGUUGUCGGUGGUGAGGGAUGCGAGGUGGCUAAGAAAGCUGGAUAAGGCCCGUGAAGAGGCUCUGCAGCAGUCUGGGGAGAACGUGGCUGGUGCUGCACCAUAGUGCUGCGUGUUCUGUAUGUGUCUCGUCGUCAUUUCUUCCCAAUUAACGUCCAUCGGCGUGUGGUACAUUGCGGGGACCAUAUUGCUCGUUGUUCUGUGUCCUUCUGCUCCCUCUUGCCAGCAUCCCUUGGCAAUCGCCUUGAUACACUGUUGUCCUGCCAAUUGCAAGUGCGCCUUGAAGCUGAGUACCCUCGCAAUACCUCAUGGCCACUGUCCGCUGU